AUGCCGCGCGCAAAAGCAGAUGGUGAGGGCAAGAAACAGCCUGCCUUGCCUCGGCCAAGUUCUAGUGUGAUUCUGGUCUCGCCCAAGAAUGAGAUUCUGCUUCUCCACCGGGUCAAGACAUCGACUUCCUUUGCGUCUGCCCAUGUCUUUCCCGGUGGAAACCUAUCCAGCCAGGAUGGCCCAUGUCCGCCCCCAGAAGACCUUUCAAGACAUGAGGAUGGCCCUCAUUACCGGCGAGCAGCCAUUCGAGAGCUCUUCGAGGAGAGUGGGAUUCUCCUUGCCAAAGACGGGCGCUCUGGCAAGAUGCUCGUUUUUGACGAAGCAACGCGCGACCAAGGACGAAAGCUCAUUCAUCAGAACAAAAUGACGUUCGAAGAGUGGCUAAAGCAGCAACAUGCUAAUGCUGAACCUGAUACAGACCAAUUGAUUCCCUUCAGCCGUUGGGUUACCCCUACCACGAACCCCAGGCGUUAUACAACUCAGAUGUAUAUCUACUUCAUGCCAUUGCCCGUGAAUGCGGACAAGAAACUGCUCGACGGGCUGCCGAAGGAAGGCGAGCGCGAGGAAAUCCAAGUCCCCUCCAGCGACGGUGGAAUCGAAGUCACAGAGGCACAGUUUCUGCCAGCUUCGGAGUGGCUUCGUCGCGCACAGAGAGGAGAGAUCAUCCUCUUCCCGCCCCAGUUCCUUCUACUGCACUUGGUAUCUGGAUUCCUUGACAAGGAUCCUCGAUCCGGUAUUUCCGUGGAGGAAAUGGAAAAACGCCGGGCAGGGCUCACCGAGUUCGUGCACUCGGGCUCACCCCCUUGGACAGAUAAGUGCAUUUCACCCAAGAUGAUGAAAGUGAUGGAGGACGGUCGCGCAGUCUUAGCCCUACAUGAUCCUGGUCUUGAGCUGAAGGGAUCUGGUAGACAAGGCGAGUCAGAGUAUGUCGUUCUUGUGCGGUUCACUAAGGGAACUGCCAGGGAAGUGACCGUGGCCUGGAAGAAGGAUAUUUUCAAAGAGGGAAGAGGAGAGCGGAGUAAUCUCUAG